UCCUCGCAAAGAUGAAGGCAAGUAGCAGACGGCAUCCUGUGAAUGUUGAAGCCAUUGGAUUAAUGCAACAUGGUGACCAGAAGACGUACAUGUUUUCGGUCUUAUGGUCCGACCACAACAAGCUCCUGGUUUACAGAACAUUUGGAGACUUUAGGAAGUUCCAGCGGGAUCUUAAGAAGAAAUUCCCAUUGGAAGCUGGAGCCUUGAAUAAGACGGAAAGAACGCUGCCCAAACUGAAAGAUGCUCCCAGAACUGUGACGAAGAGGAGCGCCUCCAAGAGGUUCUUAGAAAGGCUGCGCCUCCUGGAGGACUAUUCACAGGCCUUGCUGAGGCUGGACGCCAAGAUUUCACAGAGUGAUUUUGUGGUUCAGUUUUUCACCCUACAACCCCGUGACCUGAACCCUUCAUUCCCUGAAGACAGCCUUUUCAUCAUGCCGUCUGAGAAAAAAGAGGAGAUCCGACUUGUCUCGUCUCAAACCCCCGAAAUCUCUGCUCCUCUCAUAUGCCCCAAAUACAUGUGUACGGCAGACUACGAAACGGUGGAUCUGAAGAACAGGCCGUUCAGAGUGAAGCAACAUAAAUUUCUGGAUGUUCUUCUGAAAGACAGCACUGGCUGGUGGUUGGUGGAGAGCGAAGACCGACAAUUAGCCUGGUUUCCAGCACCUUACCUGCAGGAUCAGAGGAAUACAGAAGAGUACCACAUUGCCAAAGAAUGCCAAGGAGAGGGUACCUUGUGUGUGGUGGUAAAAGCCUAUGAGGCGCAGAAUAGCGAUGAACUGUCAGUGGGGAUCGGAGUUGUGGUGGAAGUCUUGAGAAAAUCGGAUUCUGGUUGGUGGCUCAUCAGAUACAACAGAAGAACCGGCUUCAUCCCAUCUCUCUACCUAAAACCAUACUGGAACCCAUGUGAGAAGAUCCAGCAUAUCCUCAGCAGGGAACGCUACGUUUCCACACCCAAUCUACUCGAAGAUAAUUUUUUUGGAGACGCGUAUUCUUUUCUGGCCUUACGGCCUUCAUUUGACGACCAGAGACAGAGUGACAGAGGAAGGUCCCUGUCCUUGGGGGCCACAUCGCUGGGCUCUGAAGUCAGGUCUGACCUGGAUUCAGAUAUGGAUAGUGUGACGGGAAGCAGUGGUAGACUAAAUUCCUCCAACAGUGAGCUCUCUUCGCUGAGCAUCUCCAAUUCGUCACUGCCGGCGACCGCAUCGUUGUGUGGCGCGCCAAAAAUCCCAGCAAGACCCAAACCGGAUGAGAUCUUACAGAAGUGCAGCACGGUCACCAAGAAAAGAGUGCAAAGGUCAAGAGGGAGCGUCCAGGCAGCAGAAGUCACCGGGACCAUGUCCUAGGUCAUAGUGGUGACGGCUGGAAGCAGUGUUGGACUGGGGUACUUAGGGCCCACCAGUGUAACUGAUUCUAGGGGCCCACCUUAGGGCUCCUG